AUGAAAGCUCUCGUGACAAACCGAUCAAUGCCGUGGCAGAUGCUCAAUUUGGCGUCCGGCUCUUCAUUCGGUCAAUGUGCCCGAGUCGCAGACAUAGCAUUUCCCACAAUUACCGAUGGGGAAAUACUAGUCCAAGUGCGUUCUAUCGCACUUAACCCUAUCGACUUUAAAAACAUCGACUUCUUGUCUCCAAACAAGAGUGUUAUUGGCUGCGAUUAUGCUGGCGAGGUGGUCGAGGUUGGCAAAAACAAGGCGAACUCUUGGAAGAUUGGGGACAGGGUAGCCGGCUUUGUGCACGGCGGUCAAUAUCCUGACGUCGGCUCGUUUGCAGAAUACUUGAAGGUCGAUGCGGAACUAGCCUGGAAGAUACCCCAUGGAGUGACAAAUUCCGAGGCUACAACAUACGGGAUUCCAGCAGUCACUGCAAUGCUUGCACUGGCUCGUCUUGGAAUCCCCUGGGAUGAUGUCAUCACGGGCUCAAAAACGAAAUCGGCUGAAAACCUGCAAAUAUUGAUUUACUCUGGUGCUUCUAAUGUAGGGCUAUUUACCAUCCAACUUGCCAAAAGAGCGGGCCUUCAUGUGGUAGUGACAGCAUCACCACGGUCCUUUGAUCUCGUCAAACGCUACGGUGCAGACUCUGUAUUCGACUAUCAAGCCCCGGCUGUAAUCAGCGAGAUAUCCAAAGCCUAUCCGGACAUCACAAAAGCCGUGGACUGCUUUUCAGAAGGGAACUCGUCUCAUUUCUGUGCCCAGGUAUUGAAAAAAGGGCGAGUUAUAACAUUGCUUGACCAAGGAAAACCCAAAAAAUCGGACAUUGAGUACGAAUUCCUCAUGGUUUUUACUGCCUUUGGCCUCGAAUUUUCUCUUCUCGCACCCUUAGGCCCGGCGUUUCCUAUUGUGCCCAACGAUCACAAUCUUCUUCGUCAAUUUUACGCUGAUUUGGGCCAACUCUGUCAUGAUGUCGUGAGACCACCACCUAUUACAACCAUAAAAGGAGGGUUUGACGGGAUAUUGAACGGCCUUGACAAACUUCGCAAAGGCGAAGUUCGGGGAACAAAACUUGUGAUAGAUAUUUCAUGA